GCAGAACACAGGUCAAUAUUAGGACGCUCCCCUCGACUUCAAGACUGUCAAGACCCGCCUACCCAACGAUGGCUACUACCACGCUCCCAAAAGACGUCUCUAAGCUCGGCCAGGAAAUCAAGCUCUUCGGAAAGUGGGACACGCAAGAUGUCGAGGUUAAGGACAUCUCCCUCACCGACUACAUUCAAGUUCGCCACGCCGUCUAUCUGCCACACACUGCCGGUCGGUAUGCCAAGAAGCAGUUCAAAAAGGCCCAGAUGCCUAUUGUUGAACGUCUCGUAGACAGCUUGAUGAUGAAGGGUCGCAACAACGGCAAGAAACUCAUGGCCGUCCGCAUUGUUGCGCAUGCUUUCGAGAUCAUUCAUCUGCUCACGGACCAGAACCCGAUCCAAGUUCUUGUUGAUGCUAUCGUUAACACCGGUCCUCGCGAAGAUUCCACCCGCAUCGGCUCUCAGGGUACCGUUCGCCGUCAGGCUGUUGAUGUCUCGCCACUCCGCCGGGUGAAUCAGUCGAUCGCCCUCCUUACCAUUGGCACUCGCGAGAGUGCUUUCCGGAACGUGAAAUCGAUCGCGGAGUGUCUCGCCGACGAGCUUAUCAACGCUGCUAAGGGGUCCUCCAACUCAUAUGCCAUCAAGAAAAAGGAUGAGCUGGAGCGUGUCGCUAAGUCUAACCGGUGAAAUACGCUUUGGAACGGACUUCCACGUUUCGGGAUUGGGAUUCGUGCUACUUGCGUGUGGGCCAUCAGUCUGCUGUUUUCUUUAUUCUCUUAUCCUUCCUAUGACCCCCAUGUUUUCAUGUACCAUCGUACCCAAUCCAUGCACGCGUCCCUGCUCUGCGUAGUCAAGUACUCCACUACAUGAUGCGAAUUGCACUCGCGUAGCAAUGCGUUAUCGCCAUCAACAUUGCUUGCAGCCGCGCAGUUAAUGCUCUCCGAUGAUCCACCUUCCUACUUUGCCUCGAUGACCCGGCCCCUGAAUUAUGUACCAUCUUCUCGGGAAGUUCCAGAAAGGUCGACGGGGAAUGACAAAGAAGUAUAUAUCCGCUAGUACACUAAGCUCGCAGGCAAACUACCAAUACUAUGAGGCUUUAAACUACUCAAACGCCACAUCCAUCAGCCAAGUCCUCGAUCUGCUCAGCAAUCUUCCAUAUGCGCUUCCUAUUCCGCAUGGACCCACUGUGGAAACACCUUGCGAGGUACUGCCAGCUAUCAGGUAUGGGCGAGGGCUUAUAAGGCUCGUGUUGUGAUACAGGGCAAAACCAUGGGGCACUUCUCCGCAUCCACGUAUGUGCCAGCGUAUUGCGGUCGACUUCAAAUGCAAGAAGCUUGAAUCUCAAACUUCGACUUGAAGCAGCCAGUACCAACAGAGUAGGAAACGGGGUAUAUGACGCAAUCAUAGAGAUAAGCUCAAAUGGAAGGCACUCGAGCUUUGUCUUUGAGAUAGAAGUAAGCGGCGCUGAAAGGACGGAAGGAGGGGUGGAAAACUUGGAGUCAUGUUCAAACGGAAAUCUGUCCGGUCGCAUCCAUAUCCAAUAUCGACCUCGGUGGAUAAUCGUAUCUCGUAUAAGACGCUUGUUCCUCAGAUAUGCCAGAGACAAGAAAGCUUCGUGAGACAUUCCCGGGAGAGGAAGAGGCCAAAGCUUCUGUGACCCUUGGAUUUCUCCAUAAUCCACUUUGUCAAGUCCCACUUGGCCAUGACGCAUGGACCUGCCUUGGAACAUCGCGAGCCUCCAGAGACGCUUGACGGUUACCCUGUUCUGAGUAGCCAACCGUAAGAUGAGAAGAGAACAGCUUUGAACCAUUAUGUUCGUCCCAUGAGCCACAGGAUAUGCUAUACGGUUGUCUGCCGGGCCAUCAACCGACCCAGAGUAGAAUCCGGCUCCUGGUCUGCAGCCUGGGAUAGCUCGAAGAUCGAAGUCAUCGACACCCAAAGCAUCCUCUUUGGUGACCUGACCGCGGUGGGUAGGUUUGCCGUCUUCGUCGAUAGCACCGACGACCGUGACAUCGUCCAUCCCCGCUAUUUCGUCGUCCGUCACGAUGUCCGCGAUAGCUUCUAUGACUAGAGGAUCUGGGUCGUAGUCGUAGCCAAAAACGUCAAGGAGUGCUAUGCCAGCGCCUGGUAUACAGCCUGAUAUCAAACAAUAAACGGCUUCUCUUGUCAUCGUGAAUCUACAGGAAACUUGAUUGGUAUGAGAAGGGGAACUCUCGCGACAAGAAAUUGAGUGGGGUUAAGAGUGGGUGCAACACCUGUUCUCCAUGCGUAAGAAGCGAGUACAGC